UCACAGCUAUAUAAAUACACACUGACUCUGUGUGGGUUCAAACAUUUCGAAGAUUCAGUAUCCUGAAAGGUGUUACCUUUAUUCCAGUCCUGAGAGUUCCAGUUUGUCUUAAAGUCUGAAGGCAUCAGAUAUUUUCAGCUCCUACAGCAUCUGUCUCGGCGCAGGAAUGCUCUCAGCAUGGGUCACCGUGAGCUUUCUCUGCGCAGCCACUGCCACUGCCAAAGUAAUGGAAGUGACUCAGCCAGCAAUAGUACUGGCCAACAGGCAAGGAGUUGCCAGCUUGGUGUGUAACUACAAGCACAUUGGGAAUGCAAAGGAAAUUCGAGUGACUUUGCUCAAACAGACAGGUGACAAGUUCACUGAAAUCUGUGCUUCGACCUACACGAUGGAAUUUAAAAUGUUCAGUGUGGAAGAGGUUAUUCAGUGCCAUGUUAGCCCGGGCCGAAACAACGUGACCCUUACCCUCACAGGCCUGCAAGCUAAUGAUACUGGUCUUUAUGUCUGCAAGAUGGAGCGGAUGUACCCUCCACCAUACUUCAUGAACAAGGGAAACGGGACACAACUCUACGUGAUUGAUCCAGAACCUUGUCCAGACACUGCCAUAUAUCUCUGGGUAUUAGGAGCUACUGCCUCAGGAUUCUUUCUUUACAGCAUCAUCAUCUCAGCCAUUGUCGUGGGCAAAGCGAUCCAGAGAAGACGACGUCUCACGACUGGGGUCUAUGUGAAAAUGCCUUCUGAAAAGCUAGAGAAAAAAGUGAUUCCAUUUCACAUCACUGUUAACUGAAACAAGGAGAUGGAGUGUCUGUUUCCUAGCGGAAAGGAGAAUCUGCUAAUUGACUUAAGUCAAAGUAAUAAAAUGUAUUGUCUUAUUACAAAGGUGUACCGAAAAGAGAGAAAACAUUUGUAACUUCUAUAGUUUGGAGGAGAAUAAAUAGUUUAUGCAUUAAUAUUUCAAGGUUAAUCCUGUCACAUGUAAAUGGCUAUGUUAGGCCAUUGAUUUUUUGAGUUGUAUUGUACCAAUAUGUAGUUUAUAUAAAUAUACAUAUAUAUGUAUAGCAUUAAGAGAUAUUGCUGUUGAGUUGAACAUCUUAUUGUCACAUUGUGCCGUGUCUACUGAUCAAAUGAAAUCCAAACACUAUUACUGCAGAGGCUUUUGUAUCAUUGCAAAGUUAAUCCUACAGGUCUGAGGGGAAGAGGCAGAAGGGCACACUAAUGCACAAAGGAAUGUUGUCUUGUUUCCAUGCAGUGCUGUUUAUUGGUUCGAUUUCUUGUAUUAGUGCUCUGUGCUUCCACAAAGGCAUCACUGUAGGCUGGCACUGAUGAUACUGCUGCUCUAAAAGCCUGAUCUCAGCCUUUUUCUGGCACUGUGUCUCAGCAGUGCAGUACUGGAAUUAACACUGAUGAUAUCUGAGGCAGUGCUGACAGCACGGUUGGAGAGAAAGUCUGCCCAACAGCAGACCUCUGGGGCUCUUGCUGGGAGGAUAUUCCAGCUCUGCUGGAGCCUUGAGUUUUACAAAUGCUAAAUUAGCAUCUAUCCAAGAGGCAGAAAUAUGUUAUGUGUUUAACUGAGUCUAUUUUCCAUGAAAAUACAGACACUGUAUAAUCUUGUUUAUUAGUUAUGUACCAUUCAA